AAGUAGUCACCGCACGGGCGCUCGUGUCCUGCCACCAAGGUUAGUCAUUAACCUUGCCUUUCCUCAGUCACUCCGGGCACCGAGGAAGGAGGACAGCGCUCUGUCCGAGGCAUGCUGCCGCCGCGCCGCCGCAUCUCACCAUGGGCGACUGUAACCAGCGGGCACACGAGCGGCCUUCGUCCGUAGGUGACGACGUAACCGUGGUGUUCCACACGGCGGGCAGCCGUGGCCCAAACGGCGGCGACGGGCGCGACGACGACGACGACGAGGAGCGGAUUCAGUUGCGGAGGAGCUGUCGCGUGUCGUGCGGCUACGACGAGGACGAGGACGACGACGACGACGACGGGGAUGCUGAUGCUGAGGAGAAGGAGGAAGCGAGAGGAGGCGAGCAUUCACCGGAAGGCGGCGAGAAGAGAACGCUGUGUCCGCCGACGCUUUGCGUCCGGAGCGAGCCCGCAUCCCGAGGAGGAGGCACCACGCUGGAAGAUGCAGAGAAACCUCAGGGUUGCGCAGGUCUCGGUUUGUUCUAUGCUUUCCUGUCCACGGUUUUUUUCUCUAUCAUUGCCCUCUUGGUGAAAUCCAUCCAGGGAGUCCACGCCAUAGAGAUCAGUGCCAUACGCUGCUUCUUCCAGAUGCUGUUUGUUGCGCCCUUACUCAUCUACCACAAGACAGGUUUCCUUGGUCCCCGGGAUCAACGCAUAUUUCUGGUGCUCCGGGGUUUCAUUGGCUCCAAUGCCAUGAUCCUGCUCUACUAUGCCGUUCAGCAGAUGCCUCUGGCAGAUGCCACUGUCAUCAUGUUCAGUAAUCCAGUAUUUACCUCGCUCCUGGCUUGGAUCUUCCUGAAGGAGAAAUGUACAAUCUGGGACUGUGUCUUCACUGUUUUCACCAUCGCCGGAGUUAUCCUCAUCGCCCGGCCACCGUUUAUCUUUGGCCAGCAUACACGUGGCAUUGAGGGCAACUACACGAGCCACAUCAAGGGGACUAUUGCGGCGUUUGCAGGAGCGGUUGGAGCUGCUUUUACGUUUGUUGUCCUUCGCAAAAUGGGGAAGAGCGUCCAUUACUACCUCUCUGUUUGGUACUAUGCUGUCAUCGGUUUAAUCGAGUGCCUCAUCACUGUAUCCGUCCUCGGGGAAUGGAAAAUCCCGUUCUGUGGCCGCGAUCGCUGGAUGCUGAUGUUGAUCGCUGUCCUGGGAAUUGCCGGUCAGACCUUCCUGACAAAGGCUCUGCAGAUCGAGAAGGCCGGGCCCGUGUCCCUGAUGAGGACCGUGGACGUGGUGCUGGCGUUCAUCUUCCAGUUCUUUUUCUUUAACCGCGCACCGACCCUGUGGAGCCUCGGAGGGGCGCUGUGCGUAGUGGUGAGCACGAGCGGAGUAGCAGUCAGGAGGUGGUGCAUUCACUCUCGGAAAAGCUGAGCUGGGCUAGCAAUAAUUUAGUAUUACUAUUUAUUCUUUUUUUCAGUAUCAUACAGUAUCUUCUUGAUUUAUUCUGUUUUACUUGUCAUUUACAUGCAAACAACAGGAGGAGGCGUAAGCUGUCUGACGAGUUAAAACCAGAAAUAUAGACAAAUAAUCUAGUAGGGGUCAGUUAUUAGCUUUAAAUUUUGAAUUCUGUGCAUCUUUACUCGUUGAUUCCUGAGAGUCAACUUGUGCAAUUUAUUGUUAUGCAUUUAUUUUUGUUGAAUUGAGCACAUCUGGGAGGGAAAUUAUCGUACAGCAAAAAACAAACACUACAUCCACUUGACUGUGUCCCUCUCCUUGGAGCCUGUGUAGCUAACUAAUCCCUUAUCCAUGAGCAAGGUCCUAUUUUCUCCCUUGAUAAAAUGUGGUGAUAAGUUGAAUUUCACCAAUAAUGAAGCUGCAGAUGAUUCUUGAACAAACAAAAAAGCCAAAGAGAGUUGUUUAGCGCACUGGGACCUACAUACAGUGCCACAUAAAAACUUUCCCAGAUGAGAAAAAAAUUUAAUAAAUAUAUACUAGGUAUUUUAGUUUACUGUGAUAUGUGCGAGGCACUAUCAAAUAUCUAGCAUCCGCGGAAAAAUACUUAAUAUAUCUUUACAAAUAUGAUCACUCUGCAAGGAAAAGACGCGCACCCAAUAAGCAGUAUAAUGCACUGAAAUGAAGAUGUUAAUUAUAACAUUGCAGUCAAAAAAAAGAAAAGCUGAAAGUAAAAUACCAAAAAGUUUUCAUGCUGUUGGUCAUGCUGUAAGAUUCUCUCAGGGAUUUCUGAGCUGUCUAUAAUGCCCAAAUUAAAAUUUCACCUACAUCCUACCCAAAUUAUCUCAUAAAUUAAAAAAAAAAGUAUUCCAUUUUGAUUUUUCCUCAUAAAUUAAAGGCAACGUGGGAAAAUAUCUAUUAAGAUCCAGUUCACAGUUAAUAAUUUCACAGUCAAUAUCUUUGAAGUGCCUUAAGUAGGGAGCUUUAACCUCCAGCCUCUCUUUGUGAAGCUGCCCAGUAACCAGCAGCCUCUACUGGGCAGUUCUCAGGUGUGACUUAUUAAUGAAUAUGUAGUACAGUUCUUCUGAAAAGAAAAUUAAACUCAGCGAUGAUUUUUAAAUGCUUGUAUGACAAAAUCAAAGAUGGUCUUAAAAGAGCAUUUUUAAAGUCAGUCACAUAAGAUGUGGACGCCCUGUCCCCCCCUAAAGUUGUCAGCAGUGCAAGAAUAUGUUUCCUCUUUUUAUCUAAUAGAAAAUUGUCUUCUUCAAGAAGUCAAAUAGAUUUCAAAAGAUUAACAGUGGUCCUGUAUGGCACGACACAGUGUGAUACGUGAAAUCUUAAAUAAUACCGGAGAAAAAGUUGUCUUAUGUUGACCUUAGAGUUGAUUUAAUCUUUACUUCCAUGUGAUUUGCUGUGGUUCGAAACUCAUCUCAACUGCGCACAAAUAUUAUGCAAAUAUAACAUAAUUAAAUAAGCACUGAUAAGAUAGUGUAUUUCUAUUAUUACCUGUAGAAGUUAUUAAUAAAAUAUGUAUUAACUCAAAAAUGUAUGAUCCUACCCAUUGGUUUUAAUGGGCAGAGUAUACUGUAGUUAAAUGGUUAAUUUUGGGUCAAGUCCUCGGAUAUAAUACAUUUUUUAAGUGAUGAACAGUCAAAGUGUGAAAAAUAGCAAACUCAGCCUAUACCAAUUGUGACUCCAGUGUCAUAUUUUAGUGUGGAUGAUUUUUAUUAAAAGCCACUGUGGACAUUUAUUAAUCAGUGUUCGCAGUACAGAAGGAUGUUACGGUCACUACAGAUGUUCACAGGCUAAUUUAAUGUUCUUCUCCUCUGAUUUCCUUUGACUUUUAACUGCUCAGAAGUUUAGUUUAGUGGACUUGAAUACCAGUAGCUGUAAGCACAACGUGUUGAAUUGCCAUCAAAUGGUUUGGUGAACUUUUGUUUCAGGACAUAUAAGCCUAAAAAAACUCACCAAAUCUGUUUUUAGGAUUAUUGUUUAGAACUACGCUUUAAUAGUAUUUAUUUUACUAUUUCUGUAUUGUAUUACAUCAACAUAUUCUCUGAGAUGUAUAUAUUUCUGCAUAGGGACGGAUGAUAUUUAGUUAAUUAUGAUUCAGGAAUAAAUUCUAUAUGAAUUUUAA